AUGGAAGAAUUCAGGUCAAUGGCGCAGGAGAUCUGUUUUAGAUCUUCCUUUCCAAGGAGCCCAAGAGAGUACGUCUGCUAUAGUCUUACUGAAGAGUCCAUGAGUGAAUCCCACGAGGAGGAUUUGGCAGUCUUCUUUUCAUCAGUCGAUCAGGCUCCGACGCUGAGACUCGGUCUCAUCCCCACCGAUGAGCAUCGCCGUCCGUGUAUCAGCGGUGCCGCGUUGCGCAGUCUCUGGGCACCAGACGUUGCUGGCUUUGACGAUGGCGCACUUUGGUUGCUCCAUCACAAGUAUGAUGGGUAUCAUCACUUUCCGGGAGACGGCGAAAUAGAAACCUUCUUUUUUGGAUAUUCGCGGCAAGCGAUUAUAUGGACAUACAAUCGUCGUACGCUUUCCACCCGGGCUAUGCUCGUUGCGCGAUUGCCAAAUCUAUCGCCCAGUCGGUUGGCUGCAGAAAUAAGUGAAAGGGCCCAGUCGCUACUGUUACUCGUGCUCGAGAGGCACGCCCGACACGUCUCUUCUCCCAACUUCAUGGGCUACACAUUCGCCGUUUCAGUCUGUUUCCUCUAUGAUCACUACGAUAACCAGCAUGAACUAGCUCAAAUCCAAGAGAUUGAGGCUGCUACGGGGUUCCAGUGGCUAGGAACGCCUUUGCGAGAGGGGUUUAGUAUCGACCAGAUCACAAAGUGGCUGCAGAUAAGCGGCCAGGUUCUGAUUGCAUACUCGGGGCGAAAGCGGUCUCUCGGAGCGAUUGAAUCGCUGCUGGACCAUUUGAACUCGGAAUUGGAUGAUGAAUACCUAAGUCCUUGCGAGACAGCCUUGCGAAAUCAUGCAAUGGAUUCUCGUCACCAUUUAUCCGAGGCCAUUCCCCAAUUGAGACGGCGCAUUCAUGCCUAUGACAAGUAUAUGGAUUACAUGACUUUUCGCGUCGAGCGCCUGUCCAGCGUUGUAAAUACCAACCCCGUCAUUCAAACGUGGACAUGA